GUCGUUAAUAAAAGGUCUCUUCUCUGACACAUGAUUGCACUUAAUUAAACACUCCAAGGAAAACGUCGGUAACAUGAGGUGGAUGGUAAAGUUGAAGUUAUGUCUUGGUUAUUCAAGAGGAAAUAAUUCGCCUUCCAAGACAAUUCUCCUGAUUUUCACAGCGGGACUGAUGCUUCAUUUAAACUGGAAAUUUCAACCACCUGACGUCAGUAUGAGUUGUAAGGCAAGCUGUAAUGUGAAGGACGUUUUGUCUUGUUCACCAAACGGGGAGAUCAUCACGAAGACAAGUGUGAGGGAGCUGGGAAAACCACUUACGAGGAAAGUUUUUCUAACCAUUGGAAUUCCAACUGUCGCAAGAACUUACAAGAACAAGACGGAAAGUUAUUUGACUGCAACUUUAAACUCGCUCUUGACGAGUAAUGUUUCGGAGGAUGACCUUAAAAACAUCUUAAUUGUUGUUUUUCUCGCCGACACCGAAGAAUCAGCCCGCGCGAUCGUCAAAAAGAAACUAUUAGAAAACUUUAGUAAAUACAUGGAGAUGAAUUUAAUUCAUGUAAUUUCGGCUCCUCCCUCGUUCUAUCCUCGCUUGAAAGGAAUUCCGUCUACUCUUGGCGACGGGCCUGACAGAAUGUACUGGCGUUCAAAACAGAGCAUGGAUUACGUGUUUAUGUUUUAUUACAGUCAUGGCCUUGCAAAUUACUACUUGCAUCUUGAAGAUGAUGUCACAACUGAGCCCAACACUUUGAGUCAAAUACGAAAAUUUAUUGAUCAAAGAGGAAAUGUUACGUGGGAAGUGUUGAAUUUCAGCAUGUGGGGGUUUAUAGGAAAGCUUUUCCACGACGAAAAUCUUCGACUUCUGGGUCGUUAUCUCGAGAAAUUUUACUUUGAAAUGCCUUGCGACUGGUUGUUAUAUAGUUACUACGCUUCGAGAGGAGGAAAAUCAAUGCUUAAAGAUAAGAAGAACAUGUAUGAGAAGGAACUUUUUCAUCACAUUGGUCACCAGUCUUCCUCUCUUGGAACAUAAUAUGGUCAGCAGUCUUUCAAAUUAGCACUCAUUACCAUUUCUCCUCCAUGAAUCACUGUUAGCAAUCUCCUUACUAAUUGUCCUUCUCUCUGAAAUUGGUGGUCACAAGUUCUAUUCCCCCUCUAUUCUGUUUUUUGGUAUAAAUUCGCUAUUCUAAGCUUAGGAAAAACCAGCUACAGUUUAUAAAGAUCACGUUACGACAUCGAUUAUUCUAAAGAAAUACACAAACCUAGAAAGUUUGCCAUCAAAGUUAAAGUUUUUUUGAAAUUUGUCGCUGAGAACAUUAAUCCUCAUGACAUACGAAAAAGAAACUGAAGUCCCAAGGAAGUAUUCUUUGCCAGGAGAAAGCGUGAUGAGAGAGGAUCCUGUCCAUUUAAUCAAUGGGCUUUUUGAGGUGGACAAAAAACUGAAGAAACUUGUCAUAAAGCUCGGAGCGAAUGCGGGUGCCAAGUGGCUAAUCUUUGCUGCGUGCGCUGUUAUUUUGAAUCUCACUGUUCCUUUUAUCACUGAUCUCCAUGCAAUCUAUUUCAACAUUCAAAGAGCUAUAAAAACGAACCCAGAAAGGUAGUCUUCGUAAUAAUCAUGGCAGAAGUUUCUUUAGUGAGCGUUGUGGUUCUUGGAACGUAAGUUGAAUUUAGGGACGUCAUUCACGAGCAAAGUUGUGAAACCCGAGUCGGAUUUUCACCCCUCAGGUUCUCAGAACACAACGAGUAAUAUUUUUUAUAAACACUUAUUAAUGGUAGAGAUAAUAACCUUGUGGUUUCGAGAACAUAUUUCUCCUGCAACAAUUAAUUUCUAGAUAUAAAAAAUUGAUCGCACUAUAAACUAGCUAUUUGAACAGUU